UACUGCGCGGCAGUCGGCGGGCGGAUGCACGGCGGGGUCGCGGCGAGGGAAGAGCUUAGCGCUUAAUCCGGCAGGGGCAGCUGGCGGCGGCGCCGCGAAUGACAACGCCUCUAAUCCCUCGCCGUCACCGCAACAAUAGCACCUGCAGCGCCAGUGCCGGCAGCCGACACACGCGCCGGCGACCACGGCGACUCCCUGACGACCGGCCGCUGCAGCCAUAGCUUCCAUUUCAGUGCCACGGCAGUAAGCCAAGUGCUGUCGAGAUUUUGAGCCAUGUAUUUCACCGGCCAGCUUGUGGCAGCGCUGCUGUUGGCGUGCAGCGCGUUCUCUCCAGCCGAGAGCUCCUGCGCCGGCCUUGAGAGCUCCUCGUUUUGCGGCGGCGAUGUCUCCGCGGCCCUCAAGUUGACACUGACAGACGAUCCAGUGGUGCCGGUACCAAUUCGCAAGAGGUUGGCGCCGACGCCUGCUACAACUACUGCAGCGACAUUGGAAACGAGGCUACCACUGACUACUGAGUCAUCAACAACUUCGGUGAACACGGAAGAUCCCGGGGAAAUGCUGUACACAUUCAAUUACGAGGAUUACGGCAGCUACGAAUUCACACAUCUGGGGCCAAGAUUUGACGAGGCAGAGAAGACAGCAGAAGAGAAGGAAAGAGAGAGAGUGGAAAAAGAACGCAAAGAGUACGAGGCAAAGUACUGCGCCGACCAGGCUGGCGACAUCGAAGUCACCAAUCUACAGGACACUGGUUUCCAGGUCCCUGCCAACUACGAGGUGUUCCCCGGAGUGGGCAUCUACCGCUUCCACCGGGCGGCGCUGCCGUGGGAAGAAGCGCGGCGCAAGUGUGAGAAGGAGGGUGCCCACCUGCUGGUCCUCAACUCGGAGGAGGAGUGGAACGUCGUGGACAGUCUGAUGAGGCGCUGCCCCGAGCUGCUCGACUCGCAUUUCAACUACUACUCCUACAUCGGCGUCCACGACAUGCGCAAGGAGAACCACUUUGAGACUGUGCUCGGCGGCCUGCUGGAGGACACGGGCUACGUGCGCUGGAUGCCGGGCCAGCCGGACAACGCGCACCACCUGGGCGAGAACUGCGUGACGGUGAGCCGCGACGGCGCCUUCAACGACGUGCCCUGCUCCACGCCGCUGCCCUACGUCUGCGAGCAUGACUCCUACUAGCUGCGCGCCCCAAACUCAAAACUGCUUCCUGUGCAAUCUGCUGAAACGACUACGACGUGUGUAAAAUUUUUUAGAACAAAAUCGCAGCUACCUGCAAUAGCCUGAAAUGCAUUAACGUAUCUUCCAUAUUUAUGUCAGUCAAUAUAUUUUACUAUAUA